AUGGCCAACAAUCAGAGUCCCGACGAGAGUCGCCCACUCCUGAGCAACGGUCAUGGCACGGAUGGACAAGAGCACGAAGAUGCCGGAUUUUUGACGAUUCACCACGAAGGCGAGUCUCAUCGCUCAGGAUUUCACCCGCAGCAUUUUCUACGGAUCACCUGGCGCUCCUCAUGCACGGCAAGCAAAUACGUCAAUGUGCUCUGGCCAUUUGCCAUCAUAGCCAUCGUCCUCAAAAUUGCUGUCCCACAUGCCGGUCUAUGGAUCUUCGCGAUGUCCUAUAUCGCCAUGGUCCCUGCGGCCAACCUCGUUGGCUUCGCUGGUCAGGAGCUCGCCCGCAAGCUGCCUAAGGUCGCUGGCAUUCUUAUCGAGACUGCCUUUGGCGGCAUCGUGGAGAUAGUGCUCUUCAUCGUCCUCAUCGCGAAGCACAAACCCAACCAGGAAGGCGAGAACGGUGACGAGGGCAACCUCGUCCCAGUCAUCCAGGCCGCGAUCCUGGGGAGCAUCCUCACGAACCUGCUCCUCUGUCUUGGCCUCUGCUUCUGGAUUGGCGGCCUACGCCAACAAACUCAAAGCUUCCACGCCGUCAUCUCCGAACGCCUUCUACUCGGCCCUCAAAUCCGAGACCAUCUCCCUCCACAUGCCCUCCACCGGCCUCCUAUCUACGCCGCGAAAUUCACCAAAGAGAAGCUCGACAAUGAUGUCCAGCGCAUCAGCCAAGCGACAUCCAUAAUCCUAAUCAUCGCAUUCGUGGUCUACAUCCUCUACAACGCGCGCAGCCAACACUCGAUCUUUGAUGAAGUCCUCGAAGCCGACGAACACAAGGACGCCGACCAUGCAGAAGACCUCGCGAAAGCGAAGUACACAUUCACCGAAUGCAGCGUUGCGCUCAUCUUCGCUGUCGCCCUCGUCACCAUCCUCGCCUAUUUCCUGGUCGAGGAAAUCGAAGAAGUCGUCGCCGCUGGCGUGCCGGACCAGUUCCUCGGUCUCAUCAUGCUGCCGCUCGUCGAGAAAGCUGCCGAACAUCUGACGGCGAUCGACGAGGCUUGGGAUCACCAGAUGAACUUCGCGCUGUAUCAUUGUUUAGGCCCGAGCAUUCAGACGGCGCUGUUCAAUGCGCCGCUGGUUGUCCUUGUGGGAUGGGCAAUGGGGAAGCCGGAUAUGGAUUUGAAUUUUGAGAUCUUCAUGAUUGCGUUGCUUGUGUUAGCGAUUUUGGCCGUGGCGAAUUUUCUGAGGGAUGGGCAGAGUAAUUAUUUGGAAGGGUUCUUGUUGGUUAUGAUCUAUGCGAUUGUUGCGAUUGCGAGCUGGUUCUAUCCGAAUCCAGAUGUUGCUACGAGUAAUGGCAUUCAGGAGGCUUUGGGGAGCGGGUUUGUGGUUGUCAAAUAG